AUGCGCUCAACAUUUGUCUCCCAUAUUGUGACAUGUCUUCUCCUCACCAGCGCUGUCAGUCAAGGUGGAGUUCUGAGAAGACAGCUAGGAUUCUCGUCAGAUUGUCAAACCAAUGGAAUGAACCAGGCUUGCACCUCCAAGAACAUCACAUCCAAUUCGGCAUCUUCGUCUGCAUCUGCCUAUAGCUCGGGGCCAUCUCCUGUCUCGUCUGAAUCAAGUACAGAAAACGAGUCUGGCGCUGGAUUGCCCGCGCUACCAUCAAUGAACGAGACGGCCAUGGGGAGUGGUGCUAUGCCAAUGAUGAAUGCGACCGUGAUGGGAAACGAACAAGGGGCACAAAGUGCUCCGGCAGAUGGUUCGGUCACAUCAAGCGGAGUCUUACUGAUGGAUAUCACCAGACUUAAAUUCAAUAGAUAUGGCGCUCUAGCUUUGCUUCAUAGGACCUCGACAUUGUCCGUAGCUGUGAUGAUGUCAUAUGUUCUCUAA